AUGCCUUACACGCCGCCAUCCCACCGGUCGCCGUCUUCCUCGGCACCAUCCAGUCCCAAUGCCAGCCGCCGAUCCUCCAUCGUGCAAAUGCCCGCGGGUGUAGAUGCCAGCGCCUCGCGGCCGGCGCUGCCACGGUCGGCUUCAUACAUCGCGCGGCACAGACGUACGCCUUCGUUUCAGCAGCCGAGCCAAGGACCCGCCACCGCCACGACCGCCGUGACCCAGGAGAUCACCCCUCCAGGAACGUCGGAUGAUCUGAAGGGUAUGCUAGUCGCUCACACUUCUCCCAUCAGACAAUCUCCGGCGCCGGUUGCUGAUGCGCGAACUAUGCCGCCAGGGGCCCUCAUCUCCCCUCCGGAAUCGUCUAGUGAAGAUGAAGGUCACACCGAGGUGGAACUACGUGGCAGGCAGAUUGAGAACCUCAAGGAACUACAGGAUGCCAUCAGCGCGAUACCUCAGCACAGGGAGGGUUCACCAACCCGGGCGCUUCCUGGUGAUCUUCUUGUCCUCCCUUCGCAGGCUCGAGAACUCAUUCACGGGUCCAAGAACGGCCCGACAACCGUGCUGCCUAGCCUUGACACAAACCCUCGCAGAAUCUCACACACGCGGUCCAUAACGGAGCCCCAUAUUGUCAUUGCGAAGCCGGACGAGUCGGCUGUCUCUUUGUCCGAAGACAAUUCAGAGCAGGACGAACCCCUUCAGAAGCCCGCAAUGGUGCGCAAGAAGUCUGGUGAGCUAGUCCGCCCUGCCUUGCGACCUGCGUCGCUCCGCCGCCCUUCUAGCAUGCCUGGUACUCCAACAUACUCGAAGGCUGUUCAUUUCGAUUCGCAUCUUGAACACGUCCGCCACUUCCUUCAAGUCGACCGUCCGCUUGCCGUCAGCGCUGGCUCAUCCCCCAAUGACAAUUACGAAAGCGACACCGAGUAUCCCUUCCGUGACGCCUCAUCCACCCGCACUCCUCCAUCAGAAUGGGAGCUCCUCGUCAACAACUUCCCUGCCGAGACUCCGAUACGUAAGGUCAUGCCUGUUCGUCUUGAGCGUGUAUGGAUGUCUCCAGAUCAGAAGUCGCUCCUUGGUUCUAUUAUUGUUGCAAAUCUGGCGUUCCAGAAGACGGUGCAUUGCCGGUUCACCUUCGACUACUGGAAGACCACGUCAGAAGUUGCGGCUGAGUAUAGUCACGAGAUUCGCCCGCGGGAGACCGAGAGUGGCUAUGACCGUUUCCAGUUUGCUAUCAAGCUGUCCGACAUGGCCAACCUUGAGUCCAAGACACUCUACUUCUGUGUCCGUUACAUUGUGAACGGGCAAGAACACUGGGAUAACAACAAUAAUGUCAACUUCCAAGUUGACUUCCGGAAGAAGGCUCUCCCGCAAAAUGGCAAGCGCAACUUCCAAGGAGCAUCAGCUAGGCCUGCCAACUCGUUGCCUCGCAGCAACCGACGCAGCAACGCAUCUGCGGCGCCGCGCCCCAAGUCUAUGCCCGUCGGCGCUCUGGACGACUUUGACAGCCAGGUCAACUAUGACCAGCCAAUUCAUGAGUUUCUCGGAGAGUCACAACCCCUUCGUCUCAAGACGUCCAAGUCUGCUUCGACGCUGCCCAGCGACAAUCUGUCGGGUCGCCUGUCUACACCGAGCGGUCAGGCAUUUGGCCACCGGUACGACUUUGGAGCUUCACUGACUGCGGCUAUCAAGUCCCACAAGGAUACUCGCAAUGACGGCCAUCUCUACAUGAAGAGCCAUAAGAAGACUGCUUCAUUUGAGGUCAAGGCUCCGACUGCACCAGUCGUAAAGGACUUCGUUGAGCCCAAGCCGUUGGUCUCUACGGCACCCUUGGUAGCUAGUCCAGUCACCAUGGUCUCGGGCUCCGACUCUCCCGCUGCUGCCAGCAUCGCCUCAUCAUCGUAUGAGGAGAUCCUCAACAAAUACUGCUUCUUCAACGGCUCGAAGCAAGCAAGCCCCCAGAUUCUGGACGGGACCUUGAAGGGCGGCCGCUUCGAUGGGGCAGAUGACGCGCUCACGCAUUCAACCAAUAGCACUGUGUCGAGCUCGAACGGCAGCCCCGACAUGUCUGGCGCAGUUCACCGAGGUGCGGUGCACCACACCCUCCGCCACAACUUGAACCCGUACUUCCAGAAUGCUCACAUGGUUGCGAUUGGCGCUUCACCUGCGGAUUCGCCGUUCAACUCUCCAUCGAUGAGCCCCGCGUCUUCCACGACUCCGAAGGCUGGACUUCCAGGAGCCGUGACGAGCUAUCCAGCGGAGAUGAACGGUACCGCACCACCGUUCCAGAAUCCAACAAUCAAUGUGCGGUUUCCGUUCACUGCGGACGCGCACAGUUCUCCAGCAAUUCGGGGUUGA